AGGAGUAAAUGAUAAAAAAUAUUUCUCAAUAAUUUAAUAAUAUUUUUUGUAAUUUUUAUUUUAGUUUAAUAAUGUUUUAAUUUAAAUUAUGUAGUUUUGUGCUUCAUUAAAUUAUGUUCAAAAAUACUACUACAUUCUCACUACAAUUCGUUGAGGUUGAAAAGUGUUAUGGAGUCUCUUGGUGACGUCGCGUAAUAAAAUACAACGGACCAAAACUCAAAAAUUGCAACUCUGAUACAAAUAUAGAUUGAUUCCUGCUGGCGUUUAUCUUCGCAGCAGCAAUGGACCAAAUCAAAUCUCAAAUCAUCACCGUCGUUAACACGGUUGAUAAAUUGAACAUCCAAGAACGCUUAGAAGCAGUCAGCUACUUGCAAAAGAUCACCGAAGCCUACAAAAGCAAAUCAUUAUGUUCAGAUAUUAAUUUAGAUUCAUCUGCGAGCGCCGAAUCGAGUAAAACUCCUAAUAAGAACUACAAACACAAAUGUCGUAAUCAUUUGUGCUUCGCGAAUAACGUAAAACAUUUGAAGAAAAUCGUGUGUUUCAAAUGCGACAAACGUUUAGAAAGCGAGUUUCAAUUAUUCGAUCAUUCUCAGACACAUUUAGAUUAUCCGUUAUCGUGCUUACUAUGUCGGUGUAUAUUUCGUAACGUCGAAGAUUACAGUAGUCAUAAAGCGACCGAUUGUCACCAAAAAAAAGGUCGAUACGUGUGCAGAGUUUGUCAUCGUUCGUUUCCUACGAAGAAGACUUUCCAGUCGCAUUCUUUAGAUAACCAUGGAAUGAAAUUGUACGAUAAUUGGUACGGAUGUAAGUUAUGCCAAGAGAUGUUCGAGCAGAAAAAAUUACUCUAUCAGCAUUAUAAAGAGGUGCAUUCGAAGAUGAAAUGUCAGUUAGAGAAGAAUGGCGCCAAGGUUGCUAAUUCGAGAAUGGAUUCUCAAAGUAAAGAGAAAUCACUGAUGAAUGGGAACGAAAUGUCAAACGAUGAAGAUGCAGAAGACGUGGAAAAAUUCCAGUGUGUUCAUUGUAAUAGAACUUUCGAAAAGAAAUCUACGCUUAGCGUUCACGUUAAACGUCAUUUACGAGAUUCCGAAUACGUAUGUAAAGUAUGUAAGAAAACGUUCACCGUGUAUCGUUACUACAAACGUCAUCUUCAAAGCGUCUCGCACCAAACCAAAAGUGGCGAAGAUAAACCGAUAUUAAAAUGUGAUAUUUGCAAGAAACUAUUCUCCAGUCGCGACUCGUUAUCUCGACACCAACUCAGGACACAUUUCACCGGUGAUAAAAGACUGAAAUGCCCGUUAUGUGAUUUUAAAACAGCUUUGGCGACUAGUUUAAGCAGACAUGUCAACUUACAUACAGAUAAUAGGAAAUUCAUUUGUGAACAGUGCGGUUCGUGUUUUCAUACGUUGUCUGCCUUAAAUGACCACACGGUUUAUGUGCACUCGAACGAACGUAACUACAGUUGCGAAAUAUGUGGCCAGAGGUUCAAGCUGAAGAGCGGAUUAAAUCGUCAUUUCAAAACGCAUUCCAACGAGAAAGAAUUCAAAUGUUUUUGCGGACAAGUUUACAAGUUUCGUACGAAUUUAAGGAGACAUUUGUUGACCGCUCAUAAAAUAACUGGCAAAAAGAAUAACGUAACUCGAGUUACAACCGAAGAAGAAGGCUACGCUCUGAACUCGCCAAAAGUAGUCAAGCAACAGAAACAUAAACAAACGAAAGAUAUCGUCGACACAACGAAUCAACUGGACGAAUUUGACAUCAACUCGUUGAGCGGAUUAACGGAUGUAGAUUUAUUAUGCGCCGAUGAGGUGCUCUGCGACACGUAUAGCUUUUCGAAAUCAUCCGCUGGAAAUGCAGAAUCUCAGGAAAGUCUGAAUUCCAUCCUGGCUCCGGCUCAGGUAGUCGAUCACGUACUGCAACAAGCCACCGAGCCUUCAUCGUUACAAAAAUCAUCCAUAAUGGAUACAAAACAGUACGACAUGAUGGCCCAAGCAUCAACGACUAAUUACGUCGAUAGUAAUUUACCGCCGAUGAAUUUCCGGUCGUUUUCCUGUCGUCAGUACUUGCCGCAGAAUUUCGGCGAUGUUCUGAAUGCCGAGUACGUUUCGCAAAUGGCUUCUACGAGUAGUAAAUUCGAUAAUCAGUACCUCGAUGCUUCGUUCGAAGAUUCAAGUGGCAUGAUGGUUAACGCGUGUAAUCGUCAAUACGCUUCUAAUUAUUUAUCGGUGCCUGAAAUACCAGUCGAAGAUGAGAAUGCGUUUUCGUACAGUAAAUGGUUGAAUGAAAUUUAAGAAUCAAAUGCUUCAUCUACUUAUGAUUAAUGGAAAGGUACCCGAGCAAAAGUUAUUCUAUCGAUGGAAAUCGUAUCUACAGUAUUAAUGGAUUAUUUACCUGAAUUUCCGGUGAUGAAAUGGCUGGCCAAUUCGUGAAAGGAAAAGUAUACAGAAAUUGACGUCGUUCGACUGCCACAUCAAUUUUUGCGAUCCCCAUGUUAGAAAUUACGAUAGUUCGAUGCGAAAUGACAUAAUUUUAUUUCACGUUUUCGACGUGUGUACCAACUACCAACAGUUGUUUGAACAAAUGGUGCAGCUUUGACGAUACCUAAUUAAGUAUUUACAAUCGAAUCGCAAAUUUUGCUUCGAAGGGUGACAGGAGGGAGGGGGGGGGGUGAACUCGUAUAUACGAUUUUUACCUCACGAAUUAUGAGACUCCUCGCGAAUUUCGAAUUUUCUAGAGUUUUUUAUAGCGAUUACUGAUUUUGUUUCAUGUUUAUCGAAGUUGGUUGUAAUAACGAUGCUAAAGAUCGAAAUAAUGUUUUACCAGUGAAUUAAUCGCGUUUCGAUUUUACUUUUUCGUGAAUGAUUUUGCGUUAUUUUAAAUACCUAUUUGUGAUAUUAUUGUGUACUUUUUGAGCAAAGUAAAUCUCGCUUAUAUCGA